UGUCAAGUGUCAACUGUCAUCAACUGUCAUGUUUUAAUCAAAAGAUAACGAAAACGAGACGCUUAUUAGUUAUUUUAUUUUGUUAAUUUUUGCAUUCAAAUAAAACCACAGGAGCGUAUUUUUUACGUAGGUUUCGAUUGUAUUACAAGUUGAUGUUACUUUAGUUUUCGUUAAGUUCGUACUUACACAAUAACAGGCAUGGAUUUAACCGACGACAACAUAGCCUUAAGUGAAGACGAAGAAGAAGAAAUUACGGCUGAAGUAGUGCUAAAAACUCUUCAAAGUGCUUGGCAAAACGAGAGGUUGGCUCCAGAAAUACUACCACAUCGAAAUGAUAUGGUAGAAUGUAUGCUGGGACAAAUACAACACAUGGAGCGCAACAUAAACAAACUGCCCAAAACAGAUCUUCGCGCCACAAUCCACAAAAUGGAAUUAAGCAGGAUAAAGUUUAUAAUAUGCAAUUACCUUAAGACUAGAUUAAGUAAAAUAGAGAAAUACUGUAUACCAAUAUUAAAUGAAGAAAGACAAAGAGUUGAAUCUGGGACCAAUUUUCUAACCCCGAUGGAAUAUAAGUAUGCUCAAGAAUACCUAUUAAAUAUGGAAAAUCAUAUGAAGACUGUUGUUCUUGAUAAAAUGCCUGGUAAUAUGCAAAUGUUUGAAUCAAACAAAAUGGCUGAACAUCCAAACAUGCAAAGCCAUGUGUUUCUGAAAGCCAAUGAGACUAUCAAUGGUGUAGUGCUAGAAGACCUGGCUGGCGAGGAUGAAGAGAUAGAUUUAGAAGAGGGAUCCCAACAUAUUCUGCAGUACAAACCCAUAGCGGAUCUUGUUAAAAAUGGAAAAGUGCAACUUAUUUGAAAUAAAAACAAUUUACAAGAAAUA